AUGCUCUCUCCAAAUGCGGCCUUGAUUACAAUCAACUACAUCCUCUUCCUCUCCCUCUACAAUAUAGCAGCGCAUAUAGCAGCGCCUACGGCUGCACCUGCAGCUAAGAAGCGUGGCCGGUCGCCUGGUGCAAAGGAUAAGGUACCACGGAAAAAGGCACGAGCUCAGAGGCAAGAUAGCGCUCAGCCUCAACCUCAAGUGGAACAAGAGGAUGACCGUGCAGGCAUCCUACAACAGAUUGCAGCUCUACAAGCACGUCUAGGAGGCUCUCAGCGUCUAACAGGUGUCGCUGUAGGCAUAGCGGAGUUAUCAAGCCGACCGGAGAGCCGUAGGAACGUUCUGGGUCCUGCAGAGUAUGACUAUGAGGAUGAGGCUGAGGCGUAUGUGGAUCAGCACGAAGAGUAG